AUGCAGACAUCUUCUACUUCCAUCAUCCGCCGCUUUUCUUCCGCCGCUCUCGCCUCCUUCCUCCGACGCACGUCGAUCUCUCACGACGGAAGCGGAUUUGGAGUUGGAGUUGGAAUCCGCCGCAGCUUUUAUUUUCUCUCACCGAGACGAGAGAACCCUAAUGUCUCUCGAAAGAAUAUCCUCAGAGCCUUUUGUGCGCCUGUUCAGGAACCUCCGCUCUUCAAAUCUAAGGCCAUUGGUACCGUGGUCACCGCUCAAGCGAGCUACAUGCGCGUCAUUGUCCAGCGUGUAGCCAUCGACGGAGAUGAUGGAGAUGAACGUUCGUCUAAGACCGGCUUUGAGAUACUCUGCGAGGUGAGAACGAUGCUAAGGAAGUUAGGGAAGAUAGUUCUUGUUGGGGAUAAGGUUCUCGUGGAAGAUAUCGAUUGGAUUGAUCGGAGAGGAGUGAUCGUGAGUCUGUUCGACCGUCGCUCGGAGAAUGUGGAUCCACCGGUGGCGAAUGUGGAUCAUCUACUGGUUUUUUUCUCUGUGGAUGAGCCGAAACUGAAACCAGACACACUCACCAGGUUCUUGGUUCAGGCUGAAUCCUCUGGAAUUCCUCUCACACUUGCCCUGAACAAAUGUGAACUCAUCACUCAAGAGGAAGUGGAAUCUUGGAGAACAAGAUUGCGUGGAUGGAACUAUGAACCAUUGUUUUGCAGUGUGGAAACUAAAGUCGGACUUGAUGAAAUUGAAAUCAACUUGCGAAACAAGACUUCUGUGAUUAUUGGGCCUAGUGGUGUUGGAAAGUCAAGCUUAAUCAACGUACUAAGAAGUAGCUCUAGUGGUGUGGUGGAAGACGAAAAUUGGUUUAACCCGAUAUUAGGGUUAAUGUAUGAUGGCCAAAAGAAAAAGAAGAAGAAAAAGUGGUUUGAAGAUCAACGUGUAGAUGAAGUUUCGAAAGGAAAUAGUAAAGGUACACAUACAACACGAAAUGUAACGCUGAUGCACCUUCCUGGAGGUGGUUACAUUGCUGAUACUCCUGGCUCUAACACGCACAAGUUGCUUAAAGUAACAAAGCAAUCACUUCCUCUAUGUUUUCCUGAGAUUCGGAAAAUGAUCGAAGACGGAGAAUGCGAAUACAGCGCUUGCUCGCAUAUAGGAGAAGUACCAGGAUGUGCUGUUUUGGAAGGUGGUUGGGAAAGGUAUACUUAUUUCUUGAAACUUCUUGAUGAGAUUAGAACAGAGGAAGAGUUUCAACUUAAGAAGUAUGGAACCAAGAAAAGCGAAGGUCAUGUUAGGUAA